UCCAGCUUCCUCAGCCUUCUCAUUGUUCUCAACUCCAAUUCUUCAGUUCGUAAACCAAUUUGUGUGAGGAAAACAAAAAUGGGUUCCAAGGCAAUUCUCCUCCUAUGCCUUUUGGCAGCAGUUCUAAUGAUUGCCUCAGAGGUGACAGCCAGGGAUUUGGCCGAAAAUACCAAUGCAGGAGAGAAGAGUAAUGAAGGCCUGGAAGAAUCCAAGUAUGGUGGUGGCGGCGGUUGUUAUGGAGGCCAUUGUGGUGGUGGCGGCGGUUGUCAUGGAUACGGUUGUGGUGGUGGUGGUGGUGGCGGCGGCGGUUGUCAUGGAUACGGUUGUGGUGGUGGUGGCGGCGGCCACCAUUGUUACCAUGGUUGCUGUGGCCACGGCUAUGGAGGCUGCAGAUGCUGCACAUAUGCUGGUGAGCCAAAGGACGCUGGUUACACUGAGCCAGAAACCAAACCGCAAAACUAAUAGCCAGGACGUAUGGAUCAUGGCGCUUAAAUGCCUUUGGUCCAAAUUAAGAGGCUAAAAGUAAUAAAAUUAUGUAUUGUGUGAUAAGAAUAAGAGCUUUAUCAGUGGUAUCGAAUUCACCAUCAGGUGAAUCACUGCAAAUGAUGAUGUACUUUUCUCAACUUCAAUGACGUGUAAAUGAAAUCUUAUGCGUGUUUCAAGUUUCAACA